UGAAACGGCAGUGAUCUGUCACUUCUUGGCUACUGUUGAAACCACAGAAUAUAAAUAUAGUUUUCAUAUUACCCUAGCCAUAAGAACUCAGUUCUAGUCUGUGCAAAGGCUGGAUCACAUCUUCAUCCCCAAACCACAUGAUAAUUGCCAGCAAUUUGUGAGGUAUGUGUAGAAGAUGGGACGGUUUGAUAGGGUAGAUGGAGGCUGAGGUGAGAAGGAAGAGAGGGAGGAGGAUUCAGACGUUGGAAACACUCCCUCUGCGUAAGUGUGUAUGUUGGGAGGGAAGAAGGACACCCAUGUUCAGAUUGUGCCUUCAGCGCAAGCAGCACGCAGGCUAAGAAUACCACAGUCCACUGGGAUCUCACAACUUCAAAAUCCAGAAAAAAAAAACGUUUGGGGACUGUAACACUAUUCUGAUCAACAACUUGCUCAAAAUUGUGGAUUCUUUUUCUUACAUUUUUUCAGGAGUCUUGGAUAUUUCCGCACACUGGAUUAAACGUUUAAAUCCAACAUUGAUUGAUUACCGCAAGAGAGUUUUCUAACUUUUUGUUGUUCAAAUAAUUUCAUCAGCUUGGAGUAGCGUCUCACAUCUCCUCAAAAGGAGCAGGUGUUGUGUUUGAUCCAGGAACCUUUGAAGCGGCCCUCUGUUUUUAGUUCUACCCAAAGACUUUAAUUCCACAUUGUGCUUAGUCCUUCCAACUUCGAGAUCACCUUUGAAAGGAGUUGGGCUUCUAGUAAGACGUGUUUGUUUUCUCUUCCAGUUUCUAGGACAUUGUUUGCCGUCCAGCUCCGUAAGCACACUAUAGAUUAUGAGAGAAGCCCUGUGGUUUGGUAAAUAAAGUGACAGCAUGAGGAACGACUGUCAGGAGUCGAUAAACUGAGCAGCUCGUAGCAGUAAACAUUGCACUCUUCCAAAUAACGAUGACUGCUGUGGAAUCUGAGUGGCUCAGGCGUUUGAGUGUUGUUCAGAGUUGAAUUUCAAGACGGUAGUCAGACCAUUCCAGAGAAGACCGACGUCGGGUAUACACCCAGAGGUUUUGGAGGGACAAAUACCAGGAUAAUCUAGAUAGACGGCUGCAAUGGAGCAGAGCUCCUCUGCCACACCAAUGGACAAACAAGAGCGUGUGGUUGAGUUUGUGUCCUCACGCCGCAGCAGAGGGAGGAAGGAGAGCGGGAGAACCCGACUGUUCCCUCUGGCCAUCUUCCUCCCUCUGUGCAUGUUGCUGUGUGUUUGGGGUCAGGUGGAAGGAGUGGUUCAUUCCAGCUUCCGCAGGCUCAGCGGUCGGGAAAAGAAGGAGAUGCAGAAGGAGAUUUUAUCCAUUCUGGGUCUACCAGGACGGCCCAGACCUCACCCGCCACUGCGGCCCCCUUCCUCCGCCCCGCUCUUCAUGCUGGACCUUUACCACGCCGUGUCGUCCGAGGCCGAUGAUGGACCGGGAUUGGGCUUCACUCCGGAAGUGGUCAGUCAUGCCGCGCUGCCCACCUUAAGCACACACACACCGCCCCUCGGCACGGUGGUCAGUGAGGCGGACACGGUCAUGAGCUUUGUCAACCUGGUGGAGCAGGAGAAGGAUCUGCUCCAGCCUCGGCCGUACUGGAAGGAGUUCCGCUUCGAUCUCACUCCUCUUCCUCAGGGAGAGACUGUCACCGCUGCUGAGUUUCGUAUCUAUAAAACUCUUACCAUGGGUUGGCGUGCAAACCGCACCCUUCAUAUCUCUGUCUAUGAAAUCCAGAGGGAGAAAAGACACAGGCCACCUGAGCUGGUGUUGCUGGACAUGCAGUCUGUGCCUGCGGGUCAGGAGGGCUGGUUGGCAUUUGAUGUGACUUCUGCGAGCAAUCGCUGGCUUCUCCAUCCUCGGUGCAACCUGGGCAUCCGCCUUUACGUGGAAACUGAGGAGGACCGGUCGCUGUCAGCCGCAUGGGUGGGUCUGGUGGGUCGGCGCGGGCCGCGCUCCAAACAGCCUUUCAUGGUGACGUUCUUCAGAGCUAGUCAAGCCCCUUGCCGCCCACCUCGAGCUGUGAGACACAACAAUCCACGCAAGAAAAAACCAAAGUACGACCUGCCACACCCAAACAGACCCGGCAUAUAUGACCAAAAUCAUGCCAGCAGUGGACGCCAGGCCUGUAAGAAACAUGAACUCUAUGUCAGCUUCAGCGACCUUGGCUGGAAGGACUGGGUUUUGGCCCCUACCGGUUACUCUGCGUAUUACUGUGAUGGGGAAUGUGAUUAUCCUCUGGGCUCUUGUAUGAAUGCCACAAACCAUGCCACGAUCCAGCUUCUGGUUCACCUUCUCAGACCAGAUGAAGUGCCCAAGGCCUGCUGCGCUCCAACCAAACUCAGUCCCAUCUCUGUGCUCUUCUACGACGACAACAACAACGUUAUUCUCAAGAAACAUCGAAACAUGGUGGUCAAGAACUGUGGCUGCUUAUAACCUCCUGUACGCAGUAUUUCUAUUGUACAUUCAAGUUUUAAAUCUGAAACAAAUGUAGAUUUGUUAUAAUACUCUGAGGCACCAUUUGUAAUAUACAGUGUUUAAAAGAUUUAUUUAGCCAAAUUUGAGUGCUCUUACCUGUCCCAAAUGAUUGACAAAUGAUAGUUCAAGUGUCAUGAUGGUUUAUCAGCAUAUUUGCCACACUUUUAUUGUGAGUGGAUUUAAGGUUGGAAUCAUCCCAUAAUUAAAAAAAUACAUAUUUUGGAUUGUCUUACACUUAAACUGUACAAGUUUUCAUGUGUAGAAUGUAGUAAACAGCCUGGCACUUCAUGUUACGAUUCACAAAGCCACGGAAAAAAUAACUUAAACCAAAUGUAAACCAGAUGUCAAAGCUGUAUAAAGUUCCUAGAUUACUUAUAA